GGGCCAGUUCCAGCUGAAACCAGAGGGAUCGGAAGAGGGACACGAACAACGCAAUCCUUGGGGAUUAUUCUCGCCUGUGCUCUGCAUUCCCGUGGGUCCAGCACACUGUGGACAGCUGCAUGGCGGAGGCAGAUGGGAGGGGCAUGAGACGAGUGCUCCUGGGAUGCAGGCUUGGUGACAAGUUGUGCAUUAUCCAGGACCAUCAGUAUGAAAUCAUUAUCGUCCCAACCCUGCUGGUUGGCAUCUUCCUCAUCCUUCUUGGGGUCAUCCUGUAUCUUUUCAUCAGAGGACAAAGAGCCCAACAACAAUCUUCUGCAUGUCAAGAUGUUGCUCCCACAUCUCCAUCGACUGGUCUAAGCCGGGAAGCAGCAAGACCUGGAGGAAAUGUGUUUGUGCCACUUAAGGAGAUGUCAGUGGAAAACCUUCUACAAGCUUCCUCUCAUGCCCUGGUGAAGGUACAGGUGCCCCGGGAGCAACUCUCUAGAGAGCGGGAGCAGAUCCACAAUGGCAGUUUUGGGGCUAUCUAUCGAACCAAGAUGAACACCAGUGACCCCACUAAGCCCAAGAGUGUUGUCCUCAAGACUUUAAGAGAAACCGCAGGACUCCCCGAGGUGCAGGAUUUCCUAGGGCGAAUCCACUUCUACCAGUACCUGGGGAAGCAUGAGAAUGUGGUUCAGCUGGAAGGCUGCUGCACAGAAAGGCUGCCGCUCUACAUGGUGUUGGAGGAUGUGGCCAAGGGGGACCUGCUCAGCUUCCUCUGGACUUGUCGCAGGGAUUUGAUGACGACGGAUGGACUUCUUUAUGAUCUCACAGAAAAACAAAUAUAUCACAUUGGGAAGCAGGUCCUUCUUGCUCUGGAAUUUCUCCAAGAUAAGCAUCUGUUCCAUGGGGACGUGGCGGCCAGGAACAUUCUGAUCCAGUGUGAUCUUACUGCUAAGCUCUGUGGAUUGGGCCUGGCUUAUGAGGUUCACACCCGCGGGACCUCCACUCGCUUGGUACCAUUCAAGUGGCUGGCCCCAGAACGGCUUCUGCUGAGACCUGCCAGCAUCAAAGCAGACAUCUGGUCCUUUGGGAUACUGCUGUAUGAGAUGGUGACUCUAGGGGCACCACCUUAUCCUGAUGUUCCUCCUACAAGCAUCUUACAGCACCUCCAAAGAAGGAAAAUCAUGAAGAGACCCAGCAGUUGCACACACAACAUGUACAGCCUGAUGAAGUCCUGCUGGCGCUGGAGUGAGGACAGCCGCCCUUCGCUGCAGGAGCUACGCCUGCGCCUUGACGCUGUUGCCCGAAUAGCAAAUGACAAGGCUGUGCUGCAAGUCCCAGAGCUGGUGGUGCCGGAAAUGUACGCAGCUGUGGCAGGUGUCAGCGUGGAGAGCCUCUCCUACAGCUGCAGUGCAUUCUGAACAGCUGGGCUCACCCCACUUGUGGGACUUCACGUACUGUUGGAACCAAUUCCUCCAAGAAGGGGGAUUAGACUUUCUGGUGGGACUUAAAGGGAGCAACGGGACACAGACCCAAUCCUCCAUCAGACAUGACCCUGGCUAUCUGCAGUGAUGUUACGCGCCAGAUACCCUCAAAGCAGAGGAAGAAUUUCAUUGCUGCUGCCCCAACCCUAAUGGCCUAGGGUGGGAGUUGUGGACAGUGUCACUUCCAAGGAUGUUUUAGAGUUCUGCAGUGUUUGUUAGGGCAUGGCACAGAGAAGCUGGGCCCGCCAGACUGUAGGCUACUUUUCCUCCUGAAGUAUGAUUUCAUCCAGGCUGUUGUUAGAUGCAAAGGAAUUAGAAUCAAAUGAGGGGAUAGAAAGCCAGCAAAAGGGUUGAAGAGCAAGAAAAUGAAAAGCCUUAAUCUCAGGAGUAAGAUGUGACCAGGCUGUCCUUCAAAGAAAAGGGAGAGGGAAAAUGGGAAGUUCUGCAUUCCUGGUCCCUGCAUGCCGGGCUGGAGGAGAACCGUGAGGGUCAGGUUCCCUCAGAACAGGCAGUCUUCUAUCUAAUUCAGGGACAGGUGAACUAUUGGCACGACUCUCAGCUAGAAGCCACGCUGGUCAUUUCAUGAUGGGAAACACUCAACAUGUCUGUCCGCCAGGCGAGCCCCUGCUCCCGUUGACUAGAGACACAGAGCCCUCACAGCCUGUCAGGGCGGUGAUGGAGCUGUGUGGGUAUUAUAAAUAGGAAUGUGGAGUGCAAGCAAGCAGAGACCAGGCCUUUAAAAAGGGC